AGUCAACAUUCCUAGGACUAGGUACUGAGUGCCUUUCUCGAGAAUACAGAUCAAUUUUUAACACGUACGACAAUACUUCGAACAUUUUAUAAAGCUAAACUCCGGCCCCGUCAUCUCUUGUUCACAGCGUCCGGCCGGAUGAAGAGAUUCCAAGCCUGCUAUUUGGCAGCAGGCAUCGUCGUCAUCGCGAACGCGCUCUCCGGGACGAGCGGCUUUCGCUUGCGAAAGGAAAAGGAUGUUGCUCACGGUGUGACAUCUGCAGCAUCUGGAACAGCAGAUGUUGGCCAAGAUGAAUUCAGUACCGCGAGGACAAGCACCGCCUCGGGGAAGACUAUUACUACCAGAAACGACGGCAGCACGCAGGUCGUCGAGGACAAAAAUGACGAAUUUGGCGAGGAACAAGAUGACGUUGAGGACGCAUUGGUGUUCUACCACAACUCGGCGGCGUUGAGCAAGGAGUUGGAGAACCUGAAGACCGCGGCGCAGAACGCAGACCUGACGGUCGACGUGGACCGGAACCAGGGCACGGGCAUCGAUGUGGUGCACGUGUACAAGAAGGAUCAUUCGUCCUCAGCAACGUCGCCAACGGCAUCCGUUUCCGAGGCGGAAGUGGGUGAAAGCGGAAAGGAACAACAGCAGCACCCGACGGUGAUGAUGCGGAAGGAGGAAAAAACGAAAACCAAAGCCGAAACCAAGAUCCAUGCCGCUGCGGAGAACCACAAGCAUAAAAACCUGGACCACGGAAAAAACACGAAAGACGACACGGCCCCGCUGAAAGCGUUCUUCAUCUUUGGCGAGCACGCGCGGGAGCUGAUUUCGCCGGAAAGCGGACUGCACUUCCUGACCCAGUUUCUGCAAAAGGACAUCAACAAGAUCUGGGAGGUGAUGGCGGUCGUGAACGCGAACCCGCAGGCCCGCGACCGAGUUCUGAACAACCACGAGUACUGUUUGCGGACGGCCACCUCAGGGGUCGACUUGAACCGGAAUUACCCGGACCACUGGCAGGCCACUGGGGCAAACGGAACGGAAACCUGGUCGGGGCCGAAGGCAUUGUCGGAAAAGGAGCCGAAGUAGAUUGUUGAUCAUGCUGAUUUUUUGUGUGACGUUCUCGAGCAUGCAAAUCCAUAACGAGAAUAUGCAUAUGGUAUGAGCAACAUGUCGACCUGGAUCUCCUUCUCCACACAACGAAAACCAUCAUGAGUGUGCAAGAGCACGGAAUCGAAAUGCAUUUUUCAACUCUAUGCAAAAUAUAUAAAAUUUCCCACCAGGCUCGUCGUGAAGCUGCUGAAGGACUUCCAACCCGAUUUGUUUGUGACGGUGCACAGUGGCACGAUGAGCAUGUUUCUGCCGUACGGGUGGAGCACGCAGAAGCCGGAGAACUACAAAAACAUGCUGUCGGUGCUGGACUCCAUCAACAAGCAAGUGAAAAUCCCCUACGGAUCCGCGAUGGAAACAAUUCACUAUCAGGCGACGGGCAACAGUACAGAAUUGUUUUUGUUUUCCUUUUCCGCCAAGAAAAAUAUUUAGAUCAUUUUUCGUCAGAUUUAUGAGACGAGUGAGUCUGCCUGAAGUAGGCUAUUGUUGCAGCAUGACCUCCAAUCUUCCUCACACAACAUGACGAAUCCCCAACUUAAGGUAUGGACUACGCUUACGACGAGGUGGACGUUCCGUACUCGUUUGCCUUCGAGAUCUGGGGCGGGCGUCCGGAGGAAACCCAGGCGGGGUUUUCCGCGGCCUACGAAAACUUGCGCAACGAGUACGUGCAGCAGGGCGACAUCACAAGCUUUUUACGAACAAGGAUGCAACUGAAGAAUUUGAAAAAGGUUAACAACGGAACUGCAGCAUCGAAUUUGAAUUUCAAGAAUGUCGAGAGCAACAGCAACAAUCUUGACAGUGUGCGCGAUGAGAAGAAUCUGCUGCUGCUGAUGCAGACCUCCGCGGUGGGAGGGAUGGCGCAAACCAUGAAGGAAAGCACAGUUUCUACGCUUGCGGCUGCCACUUCUACAGCUUCCGCAGCCACGAACAACAAGCUGAACAACGGUAAAAACAAGCAUGGUUUGUCGAAUCUGAUGAAGACCAGUGCGGAGCACCAGAUGCUGGCGCAAUUCCAACUGUUGAAAAAGGAGGAGGAGGAGAUGCAGGGGAAGCACGAGAUGGAGUGCUUCCACCAGUUCAAUCCCUGGAUCAAAUCCGACUUCGACGCCACGCUGGACAAGUGGUCCAAUGUCUACUUCGAUUUGAUGAAGAAGGUGGAGCAGAAAAUGGUGGACGAAUAAAGAAGUGGGGAUCUUCAUGCUAGUACUGAAACUACCUCGACGCAAAAUCAAAAGUGAAAUGAGGGAAGAAAAUAAGCAUAGCCAUCACCAAAGUUAGUACUAGCACCGAGAUGAACUACUUUCACUUCUCUACUUUCACCUAGUUGUCGGGAUGAAAUUCGAACUAGUAGUUCUAGUUACCGACUGGAAAGAAAAUUCUAUAACUACGUUGCUGAGCUUGUUUGUAAGAUGUUUGUUGUAAAUUAGUGAUUUGUAAAAUUAUUGAAAUUUUGUUGAUGUGUGUCACUGCUGCUUCCGGUGCUACGUGCUCGAAUGCAAAAGUUUGCAGAUUGAUGAGGAGAUGCUGCCAAUUUCCUUCACCUUUCCAAAAGACUAAUGUCAACUACGGAGCUACUUACUCGACGUCACAGUCACUCUCUGUUUAUCAUUUCCUCCUUUUCACAAGAACUUCCGGGCACCUCCUGCUACGAGGAACUGGCAGCUGCCACCUCUCCACGGGGGUCACUGAUGGCCGCCAUUCGUUUCUUUUGCACGAACAGCACUGAUGAACUCCUUUCAUCUUGUUUCGAAGAACUUUUUCCAUAGAUCUUGAACCGAUUCUCGGUUCGGCUUCGGUUGGAGUAUGCGGCCUCUGGCUCUGCGCAACCGCCCUUCCACAUGGAUGACUCUGAGAAUACAGAAUAAGCACAAGAGGCUCGCGCAAUCUGCUGCUUCUUCACCGAAUGAGUAGAGUUUGCGAUGAGUUUCCGUUUCGAAGAACAGUUUUAUGAAGCCUUCUAGUGAACUGUAUUUAGCUCUGUCGUGCUGAGGAAUGUUACAGUGACAGUCUUUCGCCAUUGCAUAUGAAUUUCCUAUCGUGCACUAAAAUGCAUUGGGGUUUAUUACCAAGUUUCGGAAUAUAUGGGCAAGGAAUGAAAUGACAAUGAGGAGACGAAAAAUUAAGUACCCGAGGAAGAG